ACUCCGCCUACUGUGUGACGCGUCUGUGAGCAUAAAAACAACAGCGGAACACCAAAACGCUGGAAACUAACAAGCAGUGGAACAGCUUCAGCACCCGAGAUCAUGGCAGCGAUGCAAGGAAGUCCAAUUGGCAAACCUCAGUUUGGCCCAUGGCUCAUAGAGCAGGUGGAAAGUGGGAAAUAUGAGGGAUUGCGCAUGAUAGGAAAUGACAUAUUCCGGAUCCCCUGGAAACACAACUCACGAAGAGACCUUGGGGACGACGAUGUGAAAAUAUUUAAGGCAUGGGCUGUGGUCAGUGGGAAGAUCAACGAGCACCCUAACGACAAAGCCAAAUGGAAGACAAAUUUCCGUUGUGCGCUUUAUAGUCUAAAAAACUUUGAGAUGUUAGAGGAUCACUCCAAAGAUCCGGACGACCAACACAAAGUCUAUCGCAUCAUCCGUCCUCAAAACCACCAAGAGAUCCAGAAUGUAGAGCCAGUUCAACUUCCAUUCAUUCCUCAUCUCUACACUGCAGCUAAUUACAUGUCUGAAGAAAUGGAGCAGGAACUGCUCAACCAGGUGGAGACAAUGGAUCUAAAUGAACAACAUGCAGAAUCCCAAGUAUGGAACACCUGUUCCCAACAAAUCAUUCCGACCAGCUCAAGCAACUACUAUGAGACUCCCUACUCCAAUGUUUCAUGCAUGACGAAUAACACCCCUCCCCCGGACCAGCAGCCCUACACCACAGGGCAGCAAUGUAACCUUACAACUUUAUGGGACUUGGAGAUCUCGAUCAACUACAGAAAAACAGAAGUUUUGAAAACUCGCCUGUGUUCGCCACUCAUUCAGUUUCACUACCAGUGCAACCCAUCUGAGCUGAGAGGAGAGCCAAUCCGCUUCCCAUCCACUGAGGGUCUGAUUGACCAAAAACAGAUCCAGUUCACUAAACGCAUCCUGGACAGCAUUCAGAGAGGUCUGCAGCUGGAGGUGGACCAGUAUGGCAUCUACGGCUUCCGUCAGGACCAGUGUAAAGUCUUCGUCAGCACCAGCGACCCGUCUGAGAUCCAGAACCCAGAGCCCAGGAAACUGCACCAGAACACCAGAGAGCAACUGCUCAGCUUUGAGAAGUACACAAGAGAUCUGAUGGAUUUUAAAGAGAACAGACGGGGUUCUCCGGAUUACACCAUCUACCUGUGCUUUGGAGAGAAGCUCCCGGAUGGAAAACCACUAGAGAAGAAACUUAUUACUGUCAAAGUUGUACCUCUGAUUUGCCGCGAAUUGCAUGAAAGAGCUCAAAUGGAGGGAGCGUCCUCUCUUCUCAAUGAAAACGUUAGCUUGCAGAUCUCCCACAACAGCCUUUUUGACCUCAUAAAUUCUUUGGAUCUGCCUUCAGUAGGCUAAAGUAUGAAACCAGUCAGCUGUCAUGCCUUUCCACACAUAACCUAUAUAUAUAUAUAUAUAUAUAUAUAUAUAUAUAUAUAUAUAUAUAUAUAUAUAUAUAUAUAUAUAUAUAUAUAUAUAUAUAUAGUGAGAGAGAGAGAGAGAAUUUCAAUUCGUUACUGUUAUAUUUAUAGCGCAAACUUUCCAGAGGUGAUUUCCAUUGGGCAUUCAGAGGUCUUGGUCACUCUACCAUGUAAUAGCAAUCUCAAAGAAAACAGAAUUGUUCAAAUUAACUGAAACAUUGUCUUUCUGUUAAUAUUUUCUAAUGAGGGCUAAGGCCUCAUUUUAAUAUACUGUCUUCUAGUGAAGAAUCUUUCACCUCUCGCCCAAAGGGCUGCACUUGUAUUUCUUCUCGUCUGUCGCUUCGUGAAUGUGAUGUCUAGAAAUUUUGGUGUAAUUAAAUGUACUGUUAUUUAAAAACUACCGUUUGACUUUUGUGUGUAUUGUUUUAUCGAAUGACACUGACACCAAGAUCUAAAGAUGGACUAUGUAUAAAAAUGUUACGCAUAUAAAAUUUAAUAAACUAUAUAUAUAAUGAAA